GGUUAGUGAGUACAUGGCUGCCAUGAGGAAGGAGCCAAGUGCGCGCAAGUGCGUUGGCAUUUUACAUAGUUUUAUGUAUAUUUUUUUUUUAUUUUAAGAUGCUGAAUAUUAUUUGGUUGUGAAAUUAAUAAUAUGAUUUUUUUUUCAAGUACAUAAUAGUCAAUAAUAAUGUUUAAAAUACACGGUAUCAAUAAUAUUUAUAAUUGUAUGUUAUCAUUUGGAUUGUAUAUUCCACAUAUUUGCUGCUGUCAGGUAUCUCACAAUUGAUUAACUGACGCAGCUAUGACUUGAGAAUACUGUCAUCAUUACACUGAAAAUAGGAUAAACAUAUUAAUUACUCAGCCAUGGAACAUGCAGAUUUAGUUGCCGAGAUGGUACACGUCGAAAGACUAACAACACAAGAGCGAUUGCAUCUUGCUCGACAUCGCAGGCUUCAACAGCUAAAAGUUUGGCGCCAAAGAGAAAAAGAAUGGAUGCGUCAUCAGACAAAACAUGCAAGCAAUAAAAGAAACAUAUUUUUUGAUGAUAGUGUUAUGCUAUUAGAAGCUGCAGCGAGGAACGAUAUUGAUGAAGUGCGAAGGUUAUUGAAAAAAGGCGUUAAUCCAGAUUCUACGAACGAGGAUGGUUUAACUGCUCUUCAUCAAUGCUGUAUUGAUGACAAUGAAGAAAUGAUGAAAUUGCUGGUUGAGUUUGGUGCAAAUGUCAAUGCCGAGGACAGUGAAAAAUGGACUCCCUUACAUGCUGCGGCUACUUGUGGUCAUUUACACCUUGUACGCUACUUAAUUGCAUCUGGUGCUAAUUUAUUAGCUGUUAACGCUGACGGAAAUAUGCCUUAUGACAUUUGUGAAGAUGAGAGAACUUUAGAUUGUAUAGAAGGUGAAAUGGCUAGUCGAGGUGUAACACAAGAGUUGAUUGAUGAAACACGUGCAUCAACAGAGGUUCAAAUGUUACAGGAUUUACAAAAAGCGGUGGCGCUAGGUCAAGAUUUAGAAUAUAAAGAUCAUCAAGGAGCUACUCCUCUCCAUAUAGCAGCAGCUAAUGGUUACCUUCGUGUUGUCGAAUAUCUUUUAGAUCAACAUGUUUCAACAGACGUUGAGGACAAUGACAAAUGGCAACCGGUGCACGCAGCUGCUUGUUGGGGUCAUUUGGAAGUUCUUGAAUUGUUAGUUCAAAACGGUGCAGAUUUGAACGCUAAGAACAAACAUGAUGAAACACCAGCAGAUAUUUGUGAAGAUCCGGAAAUCCGAGAACGCAUAGUAGAGUUGAAAACAGAGCAAGAAAGUAAAAAACUUCGUGAGGCACAAAGUCGGCGUGUACGUAGAUCACAAAGCAUUAAUACAAGAACGCAAAGCGUGAGACGAACAUCUAUAAGGGAUAAAGUUCUCACGACUAAAAAAGACGCACAAGAAGAAGCUAGAUUGAGAUUACAAGCUCAACAAACUUAUACUCCAACCAAGACACCGGAACCAACAAUUAUAGCAAAUAAUAUAAAUGUUGAAAAUAAGACGGAAGAAUCCGAUUUAUCUCCAGCUGUACGUCGAGGUCCUGAAGGCAAAGAUAAUAAUUCAUUUCUUCAUGAAGAUGCUGACAAAGAUUCAGUUAUAGAGCCUGACUCCCCGGUCAACCGACAACAACCAACGUUUGAGAGUGACACUAACGGCAAAAUCAACAUUCAUGUGUCUGUAGUUUUCGUGAAAUCUUUGUCAGAUUUGAAAAAACAGCGAGCUCAGAGUCGGCACACAAAUCCAACAAUUGUAGAUGCUAAUGGGAAUGGUAUUCCAGUUUCUUCACCACCUGACAAUGACUUAACUGCCAAUAAUUUUCAACGUUUCUCUGGGAAUACUAGUGAGAUUAUUGGAGAUAGUCAUACGGAAAAACGUUGUUGUAUUAUAAUGUGAGUUAAAAUUAUUGUGCCGAACUCAGUAUCUAAUUAUUAUUUAAAUGCCAUGUCGACUAAUGGUAUAAAUUAUAUGUAAACUAAUUUUUUUUACACAUUAUGCAGAAAUCAAAUGUGAAAUUCUAACGUCCAGUGAAAAUAAUAUUUUUCAUUAUUCAAGUGAUUAUAUAAAUGUAUAAAUUAGCAAAAACUAAUUUAAUUUAAAAUGUUGAAAAAGUUAAUAUUUAUUCUCUAUUAAAUAGAGACAGAUGAUGUAUGUACUUAAAUUGUUGGUUAAUUUUCUUUAAAUUAAUAUUCAGUAGUAUUUAAAUGCAAGCAUUUAGAUUGUGAGACUAUAUCUUUUUUUUCGUACGGCUCUAUACUAUAUUCUUUGUUAAUUUAUUUAUUUUUACACACAUUCAAAUGUUUUUUCGAUAAACACAUUUGUUUAUACUUAUUAUAAAUUAUUUUUACUUAUUCAUUUUUGAUUUAAGUAUCAUAAUUAUCGAUAAAAUCAAAAUUAAAUUUUUACAAAAAAUAUUCUGAUGUUUUCUUAAUCGAAUUAUUUGAUAUCAAAUAUUAGAUAUUUUAGUGAAUUUAUAAUUUAGAAACACAAUUUAACAGAUUUUUGGUUGUAUACCAAGUAAUUUACAAGUGAAAACAUAAAUAUUAAAAUAUUUGCUCAUUAUAAUUACGUUUAAUUGUAAUUGUUGUUUAAGAGGUACAUUUAGUUUGUUGAAGGUUGCUAUUGGAUUAUUGUCUUCUAAUUACUGUUAUGAAAAACAAUAUUUUUUAAUGUUAUUCAUAACAGCGUUCAUCAGUCAGAUAAUAAAAUCCCGCAAACUUAUUACAUUAAUAUAGUUGUUGAAAUUAUAAACUGAUAUACAAAUCUAUAUCUCGUCUGGUGGGACUUAUGUCUCUGUUUUAUCUAUAAAAUGUUGUGAUUAAUA